AUAUUUCAUUAGGCUUGCUCAAAGGGAAGCGAUUGGAAGGUGUAAGAAGUGAGAGAUAGGAUGUAAAUCUCUACGAAAAAAUAAUAAUAAUAAAAAUGGAAAAAUAACAAAAACGCAAAUGUGGAAAGCGGUGAACAAUGCAACAAAGUCGUAAAGAAUUAUAAAGUCCAAAAAUAGUGAAGAAAGAAGAGUGUAUGCGUGUGAAGAGGAAAACGAGAUUAUACGAAGCUGGUGUGAAUUUUUAAUAAACUACGGGAGAAAAAGAGCCCGCAAAAUCGAAAUAUUGUGUGAUGAACAUAGUAACAAGAAGACGAGAAGUAAAAGUGGAACAAGAAACGUGAAAAUCAAUAGGUUUCGUGUUUAAGUGCAAAGCAAAAGCGGCGAAUUCCUUCGUGUCUAGCAUUGCGUUGCACGACUGAAAAGUUGAAAAAGAAGCUGAAAAGUUUAGAAAACUCUGUUAAAAACUCGAAAACACAUAGAAACAACAACAAGUGUUAAAAAAGUGAACAAAUAAUGACGCGAAAAUUAUAAGCAAAUAUUUUCUGCGCAAAAAAACCUCCAGACUUUACGCAUAUUCGUACAAAGUGCAAAACAUUCAAAGCCAUUUGUGUUAAAAAGAUAUUGUGUUCGGCCAGUAGCGCUGGGAGUUACGAUUUGUACAAAAGAGUUGCCUCCUAAAUUGGUAAUAUUCAUAUAAUAGGUGAUUUGGGUUUCGCAUUGGCAAUUAAAAAGUGGUAGCUAUUUUUAGUAAAAAAUUUUGGACGCAUUGCAUUCGGUAGCAAGAAGUGAAUCUGCAUCCCGUGGCUUCAAAGAAAAUUAUGCAAAAAGACAACCCUCGAUUGCAGCGACGUAACAGUUGGCAGUGUAGUUGAACAGAGAAUACGUCUAGAUAGUUGUUAAUUGGUUGUCAGCGAGGGCAGAAUUUAAGGGAGUAGAGGAAAUUGAUAAAAAUCAAGAAUCGGCAAAAGAACUAAGAGUAUAAUCCAAGUUUAAAGCUGGAUUAGCGAAAAAGUGGGACUAUUGCGAACGUCAAAAUGGCAUCGAGAAGUCACCAGUAUUUUAGUUUGCGUUGGAACAAUUACCAAAACACCAUGACUUCGGUGUUCCAGCAAUUGCGAGAAGACUUAUCUUUCGUGGAUGUGACCCUUUCAUGUGAGCAUGGUUCGCUAAAAGCACACAAGGUUGUUCUAUCCGCCUGCUCAUCAUAUUUUCAAAAACUGCUUUUGGAAAAUCCCUGCAAACAUCCCACCAUCAUACUUCCCGGCGAUAUUAUAUUUACGGAUUUGAAGACCAUUAUUGAUUUUGUUUAUCGCGGCGAAAUUGAUGUCACCGAAUCUGAAUUGCAGGGUUUAUUACGUACAGCCGAACAGCUGAAAAUUAAAGGACUUUGUGAGACGGCCGAAAACACAGACGAUUUGAACGACUCGGCUACAGCUACAAUUACAGUAUCGGAGAAUAUACAGCAAGCCGUUGUUGGAAAUAUCGUUAAUGCCACAGUAGCAACGGGUCAACUCUCACCCAAUAUACCACAUCAAUCGCAACAGCAGCAACAACAGAUUGCUACUAAUACAGCGGUGCUCACGCAUAAUAUUGGCAACGUGACCACUGCAAAUACACAACAAAUUGGUUCAGCCACUACGAAUAUCGCCGGACAGUUAGUUAGUGCAGGCACAUCGGUACAACAUCAACAGAUUGGACGUAAAUCUCGUGUACGUAAGCGUUCAAAAUCUCCAGAUAUACAACAACAAGUACAGAGUACACAACAACCACAAACAAUUUUAAUACAAAAUCAAAAUCAAGCCGCUAUUGUUAGUUUACAACAGACGUCGUCUGGUAAUUAUAUACCGGUAUCCGGUGUACAAACGGUUAGCACUAGCGGUGGUGGACAACAGCAGACGGUAAUCACCGGCGACGACUCGGAUACGGAUAGACCGGGGAAGAUCUGUAAGACAGAAACAGCGUCAGCGUCACCUGCGUCCAGCGCAUCUGGUGUAUCGGGAACGAAUAAUGCUGGCAGCGUAACGACUGUUGCAGCACCAGGCACAGCGAUUGUAACGCAGAUUGUAGUAGCACGAGACGGAAAAGAUAAAAAUAUGACUAGUUUAGGAAUGGGAAUGAAUGGCGGAAUUCUUGGAGUGCCAAUGGGCUUUUUAGAUUUUGCACCAGAACCUCCAGCACCCUCAGCCACACCGGUAACAGUAACGGAGCAUGUCGAUUUAUCAUGCAAUCCAAAUACCGACACUCGAGAUUUAUCAAACCCCACCGAAGCACUGGACAUCGACAAUCAUUUAGCCCAACACAUGAUUCAACGGCUUGAUCAAUCUCCGAUGCAUGCUAUUCACCAUCAGACUGGUGAUGAAAGCAAUUCGAAUUUAGUACAGCAUAUUAAGAGUGAGGUGAUUGAUGCGAAACAACAACAACAAGUACAGCAACAGCAACAUCAUCAACAGCAACAACAUCAAUUGCAUGCUCAACAACUCUCACAAAAUCAAGCACAGCAACAGCAACACCAACAGCAUCAAGUACAUCAACAACAAACAGCACACUCACAUUCAACACACGUCCAACAACAAGCACAAUCACAUCAGGACCUAAGCGGAGCAACAGUAAUGGAAAUCGAUCCAAGCCAAAUAAAACAUGAACCCGGAAUGAUCAUAACACCGGAAAUUGUUAAUAUGAUGACCACUGGACAUAUGGAUAUGUACAAUUCUGAUACAAGUGAGGAUUCAAUGAUGAUAGCAAAUGGCUCACCAAACGAUCAAACUGAGCCACAUUAUACUAAUUUGGACCAACAGCACGUGGAUGGUAAAGGCCAGUUUAAUGGUCCGAAAACUUGGACUCAAGAUGAUAUGAAUUCAGCUUUAGAUGCAUUGAAGAAUCAAAAUAUGAGUCUAACAAAAGCAUCAGUUACAUAUGGUAUACCAUCAACCACUUUAUGGCAACGUGCCCAUCGUAUGGGCAUCGAAACGCCAAAGAAGGAGGGGGGUACGAAAUCAUGGAAUGAAGAUUCAUUGAAUAAUGCUUUAGAAGCCCUACGUUCUGGGCAAAUAUCAGCAAAUAAAGCGUCCAAAGCCUUUGGUAUACCAUCCUCGACAUUAUAUAAAAUUGCUCGACGUGAAGGCAUACGCUUGGCGGCACCCUUUAAUGCGGCACCCACAACGUGGACACCGGAAGAUUUAGAGCGUGCAUUAGAAGCAAUACGCGCUGGUCAUACGUCCGUACAAAAGGCCAGCGCCGAAUUUGGCAUACCUACGGGCACCCUAUACGGUCGUUGUAAGCGCGAAGGCAUUGAGUUAUCACGCUCGAAUCCAACACCAUGGUCGGAAGACGCAAUGAAUGAAGCUUUGAAUUCAGUUCGCAUUGGUCAGAUGUCUAUUAAUCAGGCCGCAAUUCACUAUAACCUUCCCUACAGCUCUUUGUAUGGUCGCUUUAAGCGUGGAAAGUAUGACGUUACUAAUACAAGUAGCACCUCCAUUAAUAAUGCAUCAGGAAACACUUCGGGAAGCAUCGAAAUUAUCGAACAUAGUCAAGAAAACUCGUUACAUAUGUUUCAGCAACAGUUCCAGUAUAGUCCGUCGCCACAUCAACAACCUCAGCAUGGCGGUCAAACUCAAUCACAGACACCUCAACAUAUAACCCAACAUGUUGUACACAUUCAGCAACCACAGACUCAUCAUCAGCAGCAACAAGUACAUGCUCAACAACAGCAACAUAUCCAGCAGCAGCAAGAUGUUGUAACAUCCAGCAGCCAGGUGGCACAUAGCAGUGCAGGUGUUGCACAGCAGCAACAACAACAAAUUCAACAGAUCUAUCAUCAUCACAGCACGCCGGAAAGAAGUUGAGAAUCACUGCAACAAGCAGCUAGCAACAGCAACUCAACAACAACUAACAGCAGCAACAAUAAGAGGAAGAAAAACUCGAAAGGUAAACGUUGAGAAUGGCGACACACCAGUGAUGUGUUUUUGCGUAUGAAGGUUUGCAAUAAGAAAGUGAAACAACAACAACACCAAGAAAUACGAAGAAAUAAACAAGUUACUAAAAGAAUUUUAAAUGCGAAGAGAGCAAAGGGAGAACGUCAAAAAUUUCAAUUAAAAUUAUUUGCGGGCAUUUAAGCAUUGAAUUUGUUUGACAAAAACUUCGUUUUAAACCGAAUUAAAAUAUAUGUCGAAAAUCUGUGGGGCUUUUUUGGAGAAUGACGAAUGAUGCAUAUUACAUAAUACUGAUAAAUAAAUUUGAAUUAGUAACUAAUAGUGAAAGUGUUGAACAUAACAAAUACUUUCCUAUAACUAAACAGAAGACCGAAGGAGUGCUGUCUACCACUCCUUUAAGGGAAAAAUUUUAGAAAUACACAAAAAAAUAUCAAAAAAAAAAAAAAAAUUGGGGGUGUACAGUGAAUUGAGGGAGUAUAAUAGUAUUCACGAAUGCCAAGUGAUUGUCCACGGGUUUGACCACAAAAACGAAAUAAAGUUUUAUUAACUGAUGUUGAAUAUAUCCCUAUAAAAAUCAAAUGGAUUAUCCUUUUGCAUAAAUAGAAGAAAAUGGAUUUGAAAAAUGAAUUGUAUUUUUGAUAAUUGAAUA